UUAGGACGGAGGGAAGCGGGUCCGUCGGUCGGUCGGGAACGAGGCUCCGGCGGCCAGGCCGGCGAGGGGCCGUUGCCAUGGCAGCCGCCGCCGGGGGCGCGGACGACGAGCCGCGCUCGGGCCGCUCGAGCUCGGAUGGCGAGUGCGCGGUGGCGCCGGAGCCGCUGACCGGCCCCGAGGGCCUCUUCUCCUUCGCCGACUUCGGGGCUGCGCUGGGCGGCGGCGCGGGCCUGCCGGGCCGGGCGUCUGGCGGGGCCCAGUCCCCGCUGCGCUACCUCCACGUCCUGUGGCAGCAGGACGCGGAGCCCCGCGAUGAGCUGCGCUGUAAGAUCCCCGCCGGCCGGCUGAGGCGCGCCGCCAGGCCCCACCGCAGGCUCGGGCCCACCGGCAAGGAGGCGCACGCUCUAAAGAGGCUGAGGGACUCGGCCAACGCCAACGAUGUGGAAACAGUGCAGCAGCUGCUGGAAGACGGCACAGAUCCCUGCGCAGCUGAUGACAAGGGCCGCACAGCUCUACACUUUGCGUCCUGCAAUGGCAACGACCAGAUUGUGCAGCUGCUCCUGGACCACGGGGCUGAUCCCAACCAGCGAGAUGGGCUGGGGAACACGCCACUGCACCUGGCGGCCUGCACCAACCACGUCCCUGUCAUCACCACACUGCUAAGAGGAGGGGCCCGUGUGGAUGCCCUGGACCGAGCUGGCCGCACGCCCCUGCACCUGGCCAAGUCGAAGCUGAACAUCCUGCAGGAAGGCCACUCCCAGUGCCUGGAGGCCGUGCGGCUAGAGGUGAAGCAGAUCAUCCAGAUGCUGAGGGAGUACCUGGAGCGCCUGGGGCGGCACGAGCAGCGGGAACGGCUGGACGACCUCUGCACCCGCCUCCAGAUGACUAGCACCAAAGAGCAGGUGGAUGAGGUGACCGACCUCCUGGCCAGCUUCACCUCCCUCAGCCUGCAGAUGCAGAACAUGGAGAAGAGGUAGCAAGAGAGGCUCCCUGACUUCCCGCUCUGCCACUGCCCCACCCCUGCCCCACCACUCUCGUUACAAAGCAGAAGCCCGAUACCUGGAACUUGGGAGCAACACUUGUCUGGUGAGGCCCUCACCUGCGCCCCCAGAUGCUGUGGGGCAGGGAUGCUCUCUCACUGACCUCAGAGCUGCUCCCAGCCAUGCUCUCCGUCACCUCUGUGGGCUGGGACCACCGCCCCCAGCUGCUGCUUCUGGCUCCCGCAGCACUGCAGCCACGCCUCAGCUCUGGCCGAUGUGCGCUCUCCUGGCAGGCCUCACUCGUCCCACGGCCCCUGGCACCCUCGGCGGGCCCCAGCCCCUUCUCCAUGUUCCUUCCUGGCCAUGGGCUUGUUGUAGCCAGCAGGUGUGGGCUUAGGGCCGGCCCCCUGUGGCCUAGGGGGCUUCUCGGCUGGCCCUGCACCUCUCGUCAGCACUUAGACCUGUCACCUGACUCUCAAGGAGACAUUGCAGAGAGUUUCUCUGGGUGGAAGGAGAGGGUUGGUGAAGCCCAGACUUUAGAAAUACAAAGUUAGAAAGGACCCUGCUGAACCCAAAGCAGAAAAUCCCCAAUCCUUUUCCUCUCAAUCACUGCAACACCAGGCGGCUGUAGCAGUUCUGCAGCCUAGUUGUAGUAGGCUGAGUAGUGGCGCCCCAAGAUGUCCACGUUCUGUUCCCAGGAACCUGUAAAUGGUCCCUUAUAUGGCAAAAAGGAACUUGCAGUUGUAAAUAAGUUAGGGAUCUUUAGACAAGGCGACUAUUCUGCAUUAUCCAGGUGGGCCUGAUGUAAUCACAGGGAUCCUUAUAAGAGGGAAGCAGGAGGUCAGAGAGGAGGUAGGAGAUAAGGUGACAGAAACAAGAGGUUGGAGUAAUGCGAGGAAGGGGUCACAAGCCAAGGAAUGCAGGUGGCCUCCAGAAGCUAGAAAAGGCAGGGAAAUGGGUUCUCCCCUCAGAACUUCCAGAAGGAACCAGUCCUGCUGACACCUUGACUUCAGCCCAGUGAGACAGAGUUUAGAAUUCUGACCGCCAGAACUGUAAGAGAAUAAAUUUGUGUUGUUUUAA